UCCAGAAGCGAUCUUGCGCUCCGGGUUUUGCAUUACGAAAUUGCUCUAAACCAAUAAUAGGCAGAGCUCCGCAGAGAAAGAGGGAGGACAAAACAAAACAGCCGCCUUAAAAUCAACACGUUAAUUAAAGCAGGGGUAAGGGGGUACGCCGAAAUGGAUGAAGAGGUUAGAGAUCCCGCGUUGGAACAAGCAGAGCUGGGUACCUAGUGGCCUAAGACGAGAUUGCAGCACAUGGAAGAAGGCAGAUCCAUCAAAAUCCAGGCUUUGGGGGACCCUUAUGGCAAUGAAGCUGAAUGAGCGCUGCGUGGCACAUUAUGCCACUUGCAACUCUCCGGCAGACCACAUGGGCUUUCUGUGCAAGCGUGUGGAGCGCCGCCACCACCACCAUCACACCAGUUCCUACCACCGCUGCUGGUUCAUCCUGAAAGGCAACUUGCUUUUCUACUUCGAGGAGCAGCAGAGCCGUGAACCCUUAGGUCUCAUUGUGCUGGAGGGCUGCACGGUGGAGCUGUGCGAGGCCGCUGAGGAGUUUGCCUUUGCUAUCCGCUUCGAUGGCAGCGGUGGCAAGGCCUAUGUGUUGGUUGCUGAUUGCCAGGCUGCGAUGGAGGUUUGGGUGAAGGCCCUUUCCAGAGCCAGCUUUGAUUACAUGAGGCUCGUGGUUAAAGAACUAGAGAAGCAGCUGGAGGAAGCGCGGAAGAGCUUAGUCACCUGUCACAAAUCUCCAAAGAGGCCUUCCUCUGGCUGGAAGCGACAUCUUUCCAGUUCCACAGCAGUAUCCCUCCAGGAGCACCCUGUCAUCUCAGAAAAUGGGUACUCCACAUGGGCCAACGGUUGCACUGUUGCAGGAGCUGUUUUGGACCAUGAUGUGGGGUAUCUGAAACCCCCGCCUUUACCCCCUCGCCGAAGACCAGCUUGCAGCAGUACAGGUGGAAUGCUUGCUCCAGGCCUUGGUUCUGCUGCGCAGGAAAGCCCGGUGUCUCCAGAGACAGCCUGUUUCUCAAAGUUGCACGAUUGGUACGGUCAGGAGAUAGCAGAGGCAAGGAUGGAAUGGCUGCAAAGCCAGAAUGUAUUGUGAACGUAUUGAGGAAAGUAUUUGGGGAUGUGGGGAAGAGGGGGGGGGAAGGAAAGAGAAAAAUAGAUGCAAAACAAGUUUUCACAGACCUCUUGGUGCACUUGUGGAUUUGCUCUUGGCCAACAAAAUUGCCAAAGAACCUAUAUUGCUUUCUGGAAUAGUGGAUUGCAAAUAUGUGUAUGUUCUAGGUUACUCUCAAAAUAUAGUAUACCCAUGGGGAUCUUGAAA